GUGAAAGAAAGGAAAACUUUCGAAACAAAUCUAAUUGAUGGGUUAAUUUUGGAUGACAUAUAAAUCUGUUCAAAAUGGAAAACUUCCAAAAGAUUGAAAAGAUCGGUGAAGGAACUUAUGGCGUGGUUUACAAAGCUAGAGACAAGAUCAGUGGUCAUAUGGUUGCACUGAAGAAAAUCCGGUUGGAUUCGGAAUCAGAGGGAGUUCCAAGCACUGCUAUCAGAGAGAUUUCCUUGUUGAAAGAGUUGGAACAUCCAAAUGUUGUCAGAUUGCUGGAUGUAAUUCACAGUGAGAUGAAGUUAUAUCUGGUGUUUGAGUAUUUGAAUUUAGAUUUAAAGAAAUAUAUGGACAUGGCUCCACCAUCUGGUCUGGCAUCAGAGCUCAUCAAGAGCUACAUGUUUCAGCUUCUACAAGGAAUAGCUUUUUGUCAUGCUCAUAGAGUUUUACAUAGAGACUUGAAGCCACAGAAUCUGUUGAUAGACACACAAGGAAAUAUUAAGUUAGCUGAUUUUGGUCUGGCUAGAGCAUUUGGUGUGCCUGUUAGAACUUACACUCAUGAGGUUGUGACAUUAUGGUAUAGAGCACCAGAAAUAUUACUGGGAAGUCGUUUUUACUCCACACCAGUUGAUGUUUGGAGUUUAGGCUGUAUCUUUGCUGAAAUGAUAACUAGAAGACCCUUGUUUCCAGGAGAUUCUGAGAUUGAUCAACUGUUUAGAAUAUUUCGUACAUUAGGAACCCCAGAUGAAAAUACCUGGCCUGGCAUCUCUCAGUUACCAGAUUUUAAAACAACCUUUCCAAGAUGGCCGCAGCAACCUAUAGCUAAUGUUGUAACCAGUUUAUGUGAUGAAGGCAAAGAUUUGAUUACAAAAAUGUUGUAUUAUGAGCCAAGUAGAAGAGUAUCUGCAAAAGCUGCUUUGUUACAUCCGUAUUUUAGUGAUGUCAAUAUGCAGAGGCCUAAUAUUGUUAAUACUAUGUAAUGUGUAUAUUCAUCUUCACAAUGUCAAGCUGUUACGAUCUUCACCUUAUAUAAUAUAUAAUCUUAUAGAAGACUGAAGUUCUAAGAACUUGACGGAUGUAUAUAAGUGAGUGAUAUAAGGCAGCAAUAAGAAGACUCUGAAAGUAUUGGACCAGACAUAGUGAUAUUAAAACAUUACAGAGGUUACUAAUUUCAUCUUGAGGUUUUAAGGGUUAUGAGUCAGUUUUGAACCAAACCUUGAAACAGCAGAUCGAUAUUCCUGUUGCUUGAGGUACCUUCACAUCAUAGCAUCCACCAGGUGGGUAUGGUUGUAAAUAAGAAAAGCUGUCAUAAGUUUCGAAUGCAGCUUCAUCCAACUGAGUUGUGAGUUGCGUUUGAUACUCAUGUCCACUUUCAGGUACCUUAAGAGCUUAUGAUACAUAUUGUGCUAUCUAUUCAUUUAAUCCAAUUAAUGAAAGUGUUGUAAAAUUGCCAGUGCCAAUAUUAUUUUACAACAUUUUUACUUGGACAGAAGUAAAUCUUAGGUCUAAAAAUUUUGGUCUGCUGUGAAGAGCUGAAUUUGAAACUGGACCCUUGAAUAAAGUAGAUAGCUUAUUUUAGGAACUUCAUCGAGAGCAGUCUAUUAUAUUAUGGAAUUUAUACUGUUGUAUGACAAUGGCAGCUUGAAUUUGUGAAAGAACAAUAUUGCUAUCUAGAGAGUAUGUCUAAAUAUUAUCCUUAUUUAGCUAUAUUUUAUGUUUAUAGCAUGCUAUCUUUAGCCAUAUAAAUAUAUAUCUUUACAAAAAGUUAUGCAUAACAUGACUAAAUGACCAUUGUUCAAAAAACUCUUUUCAUUAACCUUAAAACCAAAAGUUGUAUACUUGUAGAACUAGCAAUAUCUGAUUUUUUAUGUUGUAUUCACAAUUUCUAGUGUCUGAUAUUGAUGUGACUGUAAUAUUUAGUUACUUUGUUGUACGAUUUGUAGUUUAUGGCUUGAUAUCCAUUGGCGGAGCCGAAGGGGGGCAGAGGGGUCAGCAGUCCCCCCUCCCAUCCCCGAAAGCCUACACCUUAGAAAUUCAGCAAUCUCAACUAUUUCACCCUCCAUCGGACGUAAAACUGGCUCCGCCACUGUUAUCUGUUGUAAAGCUAGCUACUUAGCUUGCAGCAAUUACAACCUCUAGUUACGUGCACUUGUUGUCUUUGCUACAGAAAUAGCAAUUUUUUUUUUAAGUUAUAUGUUUCAGCUACAAGAAUAACAAAUUACAGUCAUCUGUUAUUAAGUAUAGUACCAAAUGGUUAGAUUUUGUAUAUUUUGUUUAUUUGUUAUUAAUAUUGUUAUUCUUUUAGUGCUUAGAUUUGUCAGCUUUAAUAGGUUAUCCAUUUUUCCUAUUACAAUGUUUCAAAACCCUAUAUCUUCAAAAUAUCAAGCUGUUCUGUUACCUUCAUCUUAUACCUUGACUGCAAUUUGAAUGGCUACCUUUCUUGUAUCACGGAAGUGGGUAAAUGCAGCGAUUUAGUUGGAUUGCACGUUAGCUAAUACAGUGUCCUUGACAAUGAGUCUGUAAACAACAAGCCAUACAAGUUACAGUCUGUCGAGAGCUAUGAUAAGCUGUAUUCGCUGGCAUACAAUCCAAUCAGAUCUCUUAAUUCCAUGAUACAACCAUAGUGGCUAUUGCAGUCAAGGUAUAAGACACAUCGCUCGACGUCUUGGGGCUUUAUUACUGCCUGUAUAUACAACACGUUGAAAAAAGAAGUUUGAUUUCGAGUAAGAGUCACUUCCCUGGAGGAAAGUAAUUUUAGUUAGAGAGCUCAAAAUUUACUACCUUGUUGAGCCUUCAUGUUCUCAUAAUAUAUAAGACUUUUGAAUCCUUGAACUUCCACGAUUUUGUGUAAGCUUACCUAUCAUCUUUGGUUCUUCACCAUAUUUGGAUUUAAACUUAAAAGGAAUAGGACAACAACUGUAUUGAUUGGAACUUUAUUCAUUAGAAAAUGGUUAAAAUUAGGGGCAUUAUAAUCGCAAUUUUACGGUAUCUAGUCAAAAUGUUCGGUCUUAUUUUUAAGCCAAUUUUCUUUGCUUUUAAAGUUACUUUCAGAGAAAAAUCAAAUUGUAAAAUUUUGUUUUGUCCUAGGGUUGGAUAUGAAUCCUUAUUUUAAUGUAUAUUAUUUUUUCUUGCUUUUAAUGUCUAUUAGUUUUUGUUAGUUUUGUUUUUAAUUAGAAUACGCUAAUUAUGUAAUCUGUGAUUAUAAAUAAAAAUUAUAAACAGUU